UCGGCGCCGCAUGGAAGGCUGCCUGUGAUUGGAGGAGGCGGCGGUCGGCCGGUUGCCUCGCCGUUUAAGUUGUGGCGUGGCGGUUAAGGCGGUAGUUUGGCCGUUGGGGGGUCGCUACGGCGGUGGUGCCGUGUCGUGGUACCGGCCCCCUGCCGCGCUGCCUCGUCCCUGGGUUGUUCGCCAGGGGCCCGCGGCGAGGCUUAGCUCGUGUUUCUGCCGGGCACCCCCGUCUCCGCCAGCCUCCCGGGGUACCCGGGCCCGCCGCCGCCGAGCCCCGCCUCGCAGCGCCUGUCCGUGCCCGCGGUGAGCCCGGCCGUUCCGCAGCGGCGCCAUGAGCGUGACGGACCGCUCUGCCGGGCCCUGCCCCGGCCCCGGCUCCAGAAGGCUGGCAACCCCCCAUGUCUCAUCCAGAUACGCUAGUUCUCAAUCACCAAGUCAGGAGGACUUCACUCCUCUCCCUUCGAUCAGUGAGCGCCUGGCCUUUCUCCAUCCCUCCCGGGAGCUGCUGGAAUACUACCGCAAGAAGAUUGCUGACUUUGAUGAGGAACAUGAAGAUCUGAUAAAAAGGCUGGAGAGAUACAAAGAAACGUAUGAUGAGCAGCACAAAUUGCAAUGGGAAGUACGUCAGCGAGAAGAGGAGAUUGCAGAGUUGCAAAAGGCUUUGAGUGAUAUGCAAGUCUACCUCUUCCAGGAGAGAGAACAUGUCCUUCGUCUUUACUCUGAGAAUGACCGGCUGAAAAUCAGGGAGUUGGAGGAUAGAAAAAAAAUUCAGCAUCUCCUGGCUUUAGCGGGAACAGACAAAGGAGAAGUUACGUAUUUUCACAAGGAGCCUCCACAUAAGGUUACUGUUCUGCAAAGGCCAGCUAAAUCCAGAGAGUCACAUGAACGAAAUGAUGCUUCUAGAACAGGUGUCAAGAGGAGCACUUCAAAACCAGCAGCAAAAGGAGAGAAACCAGCAAGUCCUGAGAGGUAUCGGAGAGAUAAUCAAACACUUCUACUUCAGGUGGAAGCCCUGCAAGCUCAGAUAGAAGAACAGACACAAUUAUCCAAGGAACAGGUUGAGGCACUACUAGAGGACAGGCGGAUUCACAUGGAGGAAGCCCAGGUCCAGCAUCAGAGGGACCAGGAAAAGAUCAAAACUAUAACAGAUAAACUCCAUAAGACCCAAAAUCUCUUAUAUGAGAGUACCCGUGACUUUCUCCAGCUCAAGUUUGAUGCACGAGCCAAUGAGAAAGCAUGGAUGGCAGAGAAGGAUGGUCUGUUGAGGAAACUUGACAAAGAUCUGGAGCCAGGAAGGGAAAAGAAGCAGAGAGAUACCAAGAAGAUGCUUCGAGCAGAUGAUGGAGCUUGGAAACGCCACAGCAGAGAAAUAAAGUCACUACAAGAACAGCUAAUACAGGAACAGCGCCUAUCAAACAUGUAUAGAGAGCAGUGUAUAACCCUGGAAGGUGAGCUGGCUAGGAUUCGUGAGGAGGGAGAUGUUGGCAGAGAACUCUUCAAGGAACGCUCAGAAAAGAUGGGGAAGCGCCUGAAGCUGAUGAUGCAGCGAUAUGAGGCCUUGGAAAAACGUCGUCGUAUGGAAGUGGAAGGCUACAUGAAUGACAUUAAACAGCUUCGGCAGAAGCUGAAAGAUGUAGAGAACCAGCUUUUUAAGGUGACUCUGAAUAUUGGACCAGACCAGGAUCUUGCAAUUCUACAUGAGGUCUGCCAAGGAAACAGACUAACCCAUAAAAUUCAAGGAGAACUAAAAAACUUAAAAGCAAAAAUAUAUGGCUUAGAGAAUGAACUACGGGUCUGCUGAAGCUGGCGUAUUAGCUGGUAUUCUAGUUUUAGGAAUGAUACAUUGCUAGGCUUGAAUAGUCAUGUGCAAGAACAGGUCCUGCCUGUUUCUUGGCAUCCAGUGACAAAAGGCUUGAGGAAAUCUGCAGUUAAUGUCACAGCAUUGUACAUGAGCUGUUCCUAAUGUGCCAGAUUAUAUUGCUGUUUCAGCUGGAAGAUGGCAUCUGAUAAGACCAGCAUAAACAGUACAUGAUGACCAAUAUAUCAGGAAUAUGCUUAUGACUUCAUCUUACCUUCAAAUGUGUGGUAGGGAUCAGUGUAUACUGGCCUUCACCUUUAUUUGGAGCGUACUAUAAACCACAUAUAUGGUUGUAAUGAAACUAAUCACAGAAGGAUCUAGUUCAAGAUCUGAAUUGCUUGACUGACCUUUUCCUAUGUGAGAAGCAGCUUUUAAAAUGGUUUUAAUGAUUGCUAUUUUAGUGCUUAGGCACUUCAGGAUGUAACUGGAAAUUUUCUUUGAAAAAGAUUGCAUGUAGAAAGUAUAGACUAAAGUGUUAUUACUUCUGAUUCUCCCCUUGACAGUAUAAUUAUUUUUAAAUGGCUACCAUUUACUUGGUUCUAACCUAAUUGGGACAAACCUGGCAGAUCUAAUACAGUGGAAACAGAUAACCUGUUCUAGAACUCAUCUGUGAGAACCAGCAACAUCUACACUUGUUUUGAAUGUUUACGGGGGAGAGAAAUACCACGCUAUCUAGUGUCAUCUUCUUGUCCCCUUUCUCCCAGUUUAUCUUAACACACAGAGUAAGCCCAUAAUAAAAGUUAUCUAGCAUCUUCCUUAACCACCAUAUUCUCUAUCUUUGUAGCUUUAAACAAUGUCAUGGUUAUGUUCCAACACACCAUGGUCAACUUUUGCUACAGCAGUUGUUGCUACUGAACUGUAACUAAAAUAGGGGUGGAAGAGCAGGUGCCUAGUGGCUCUGUGAGAAAUAUAACUCUGGCUAUAUGGUGAUUAUCUUCAUACCAGAUAUCAGGACAUGACAAUUCUAGGAAACAGAUGAAAUCAUAAAAAAGGUUUACAACAUGGCUUCACCCCAGUUUGUGAUUGCAGGUAUUUGUGCUUUUAAUGUAGCAUCAGCAAAUCAUGUCCACCUUGUAGACUGAGAGCAGAUCUGUGUUGGGAAAGGGAUUUCAGUGCCUCUGUUUCCUACUGUACCUUUCCUACCUUGUUAGACAUGACAAAAGUGGAAUAAUACUUUUCUGAAGUGUACACCUAGAGGCUUCCAGCACUUCCUUUCCUGUUGAAAAGAACUUAGUGCGUGAAAGCAGGCAGUUUCUUUUGGACGUGGUAGUGGCCAUGGAGUUCCUCGUUCAGAGUUUGGGAGGGGGAGAUACGCAAACGACAGUUUUGUGCUGUCAAGGUUUGGAGAAAGAAUUGGUUUUAUUCCACUAGCUAAAGCAAUGCAGGAGAAGAAAUUCCCUUAAGAAGUCCAUGCCCACUUCAGUUAUGUAUCCUUUUUGUGACAAGCUUGCUGUCCUUUAUGGUCCUGUACUGUGGCUUUUAUUUUAUUUGUAUUCUUGAGGUCAAAUUCAUCACAAACAGGCUUUAGUGGGGGUGGCUGACAGUCUGUACCUAGACGCUCAACUACUACUACAGCUUACAAGAGGCUAUUUUAAAGUACAUUGCACUGAUUAGUUUAGCUGAAAAUGCUGAACUGCUCAGAAACUGACUGAUGAACAACUUUGGUGCUGAUGCUACAUGGACAGUUGAGGAAGGUUGUUAUUAAAUAAUAUUAUCCUUCAUUUAGUCUCACUCUUUCUUAGUUGACUAGUACUUUCUCAGGUAAGUCUAGCUAAUUAAAGUGAGUUUGUAUUUGAAAUAACAUGCUGCUGGUUUGAAGAUGAGAUAUCAAAGUUAUCACAGGUCCUGGAAAACUACUUCUGAAAAAUGCUACAUAAUGAAGUAAUAGCCACUUAUUCAGUGGGAUCCAUCUACUUAGAUUCAGCUGAUGGGAAGCUAGCAAAAAGAUCUCUUGAACCUAUAUCAAUAAAUGGGUUUCUGUUUAUUUUCAGCUUUUCUGAGCUAAAGAAUUGCCUAUGAAAAUUACACUUUCCUCACCUGAAAGCCAUGAAGCGUGUCUGGAUAAAGCCUAUAGGCUUUGAUAAUCAGGUUUGUAAGAUUGGGAGGAAGUAUUGGGGGAAGAAGGAUGUAAAUGUUGAAUUUCCUGUCUUCCUUACCAGUGUUCUUUAUUACAUGAAAGACUGAACACAAUAAAAUGACAGCAUUCCUAAUUUAUCUGCUGGUGUGUCAAAAUCAAAGUGCAGCUUGAAAUUUAUUCUUGAUUUGUCACUAGGCUAUGAACACUUCCUAUUCAAGGGGGUGGUGGUAGAGAAAUGAUGGUAAUACUGAUCUGAAAAUCCAUUUUCUUUGGAAGCUUGAAUUUUUGUCCAAGGGCAAGAAAUGCCAAGUAUUGUACAUGUUCUUUCUGUGUGAUACCAUGUGAUCAUGUGAAAUGUUGCUUUAUGUUGCCAAAACAAAUGUGGACCUUCAAGCCAAGAACUGCUUUAGAAAGCCAAGUGCUUUCUACCACUGACAACUACCCUUUAAGAUGUCAGUAAAGAAUUACUGGCAUUUCCAAAAGGGUUUCCUGGGAAAGGUUCCAAGACCUAUAUUGGUCAAUUUUCUUCCACAGUUUGUGGAGAAAACAAGAAAUGGCAUUUACUCCAAAGACUGACUAGCUUUUUUUGCUAAUUUAAGUUAGUAGUGUGUGAUCUGUAUCCUUUCAAUACAACUAAAUGCCAGGUUAUGUAUGUAGGAGCACAGAAUUUGCAAGAUCUCCAGGGUGACUAAUUCUAGGAAUACAGAGACUGUCCUACAGAGGAUUAAAGGUUAGAACUGGACAAAUGUUCUUAUUGUGAGCCAAGGUACUAACGUGUUUCUUGUGUAAACAGGAGAAAAAUGAGCAGUAGAAUAAACUUUAUUGUUGUGUAGCCUUAUUUAGGUAAGGAAGGGAGUGCAUGCCUUUCAGAAAGGAUGUUGAAAUACUGGGUAAGGCAUGGAACCACAGCAGAAAAGGUUGUGCAAGCACUCGUAUUGUAAUACAUUAAGAAGACUGAUUAAUAUACAUGUAUUUUGAAGAUGAAAAACUACCGAAGGUCUUCUAUCCCAGCAAAGUCUUAGCAAGAACGAGUAGCCUGAACCUGAAGUUGAUAAAAAAAAGGACACAUUUUUAACAGGAAGAUUGUGCCUUUUUUCCUCAUUAUAACAAAUUAUUUGUGGGGUAACAAAUUUUCCAUCUCUACCUUCAAAUCAAAAAAUGAUUGCACCUCUGGAGAAGGUGGCUUGUUUUAAUAAGUUACUGAGUUUGACACGUUAGAAAUUAAUGAAAUAUAAUGACAUGAGUGAACAGGAAAUCAUUUAAUAGUUCCUUCUGGCUUUAAACCUAUGAUUUAAUUAGAUGCAAUAUUUGUAGGGGUUUUUCAGCACUUGUGCAGUUGCCUUAAUUAUAGGAAUGUAUGCUAUGUCAGCUCACCCUACACAGCAAGGUUACACAAGGUAAGAAACCCAAGAAAAACCAAAAAAAAAUCCCUCGUGAUCUUCCUAUACCACAACUUGCAGUAAUUCCCAAAUUGAUAAGACGCUGUGACUGCACUUAAAAGGUGGAAUAACAGUAGCCACAGUUCUGAUAGCUGUCAGAAUAAAUGUGAAUAGUAGUAUAUUAUAUACUUGUAUGCAAUAGCUUAUGUAAGUCGUAUCAAUUCAGAAACACACACAUUUUACCAGUAUGGAUGGACUCUGUGGGCAGCCUAAUAUUCUGGAAUUGUAAUGUCUGGGUGUGUAGGCCAAGAAGUAAUUAUCUGUUAAUCAGAUACUUUUUUGAGACUAGCUGGGAGCAACAUUCAGAUACUUUUUUGAGACUAGCUGGGAGCAACAUUCCUGUGUAUACUUUGUUCUGGAAGAUCAGUUCAUAUUUAUGAAAAGCUAUGUCAUUUAGAUUUUUAAUUACAGUGCUCAAACACCUUUAAUACCACUACACCAUGAAUGUAUUUGUGCCUCCUCAGUCAAAAUCCUAAUAAAGAUGUCUCAUUUGUCCCCAUGCAAA